AUGAAGAGGAGCAGUUGGACUAUGAACCAUCUGCAGAUGACCAGAUUGGACUGGGCAGAAGAAUAUAGGGAAGAACAGAUGGAGUAUGAUGGAGAACUGGAUGAAGAAACUGAGGCUUUCAGAGAUCUAGGCAUUAAUAUGGUAUUUAUCUUACUAGAAAAGUUCAGGGCAGUAGAAGGGCAAGAAAGCACUUUGGAAGGAGAUGUGUUUUCCCAGAAAAGUUUUGAGUGCAGAUUGGCAGAGGUAGAUGAGGCGCUAGAACAGAAACCACAUACUGCCAAGACAGGCGAAACUGUCAUGAAAUUGGGGGUAUUCCUAUUCCCAAAGUGA